CUCAGCUUCCACCCCUUCGGUUCCCUAGUAAGAGAGUGCUGAGGGAGAAGGAACCCGCACAGAAACAUCACUCCGGACCCCAAACCUACAGUGGGACUGCCUCCUUCCCAGGGCCUGAGGCCCAGCCAGGAUUGAUGGAGGACAAGAAGAAGAAAAGGAGUCCCAAGCCCUGCCUGACCCAGCCAGCUGUGGCCCCAGGAACACUCCGCAGGGUCCCUGUGCCCACCAGCCACAGUGGCUCUCUGGCCCUGGGCCUCCCUCAUCUGCCUUCCCCCAAGCAGCGGACCAAGUUCAAGAGGGUUGGCAAGGAGAAAUGCCGCCCAGUGCUCCCUGGAGGUGGGGGCGGCUCUGCAGGCACCCCGCUACAGCACUCAUUCCUGACUGAGGUGACCGAUGUCUAUGAGAUGGAGGGGGGACUGCUUAACCUGCUCAAUGAUUUUCAUUCCGGCCGGCUGCAGGCCUUCGGCUCAGACAGGGGCUAUCCAGGGAAGGAAUGCUCCUUUGAGCAGUUGGAGCACGUGCGGGAGAUGCAAGAGAAGCUGGCCCGGCUUCACUUCAGUCUGGAUGUAUGUGGGGAGGAGGAAGAGGAGGAGGAAGAAGAGGAUGGAGUCACUGGGGGGCUGCCUGAGGAGCAGAAGAAGACGAUGGCCGACCGAAACCUGGACCAGCUGCUUAGCAAUGGAACCUGACAGUGUAAAUGUGUGUACAGGGGCUCCCAGAAAUGGAUUCAGUUUCUUCUUCCCCACCACCCUCCAGGAGUAUUUUUAUAUAACCAAUAUCCCCACUGCUUUGUCCUGAGUCAGAAUUAGCCACAGACUUCCCCCACCCAGGAAAAGGAGUGCAGAAAGAACUCCCCAAAUAUUAGGAGAAAGGUGGUUGCAGAGAAUGUUUUACCUACUUAAAAUCUUUGCAAGUACUUUAGGUGACACCAAUCCAUGGCAAAGCUUGUCUGAUGUCUUACUACUCUUUCAGCACUCAAUUUUCACUGAUUUAGAUUAUCUCCCCACCUAGUCCUAGUCAGAAAUAGUGCGAGUGCACGCAUCUGCAGGAUCUAGCCCAAGAGAAGGGGGUAAGCUACCUAGAAAAAAGGGCAGGAGAACACUGCAACCUCAGACCACUGACCGCCCCAAAGACCCUUUCAUAGCCCCUUUGCGCACUUGGGGAAACUAAGCCUGUGCAAGAUGGGAAGAUAAGACUGGGAUCCAAAGCAUCACAAUCCUUGACUG